GGAAAACACACAGUCGAUGCUCGCCGUCGUACAGUUUUCAAAGGGUCUUCCUUUUUUUCUCUUCUCGUCUACGCUUUCCAUUUGAUUCCUCCCUUCGCUUUCCGUUCGCCUUUUAGAUCUUUGAAUUUCUCCGAUUGCAAGCAUUCAUCUCUCAAUUGCUGCUCCCCACUCCCCACUCCUUUCAUCAGUCAAAAAAGCCCUAAUUUUUUUGUUUCUCUUUCUCGUUGAUCCUUCGCUGGUUUCGUACGGAAACUCGAAAGGCGGUGUUUUUAGGGUUUUUUGUUCUUCCUGUUGUUCGGAAUCCGCCAGAGAGCUUCGUUUACGGGUGGUUUGGUUUCCGUCUCCGUGACAUUUCUUCCUUUUUUUAGCAACUCUUCCUUGGAGUUGAAGAUAUCGUAGGCCAUGGAGGAGAUUAAGGUGGAAAACGAGUUGAAGCUCUGCGGGGUAAAGAGAGAAAAUUUCCGUAAAGCAUUUGAGAAGAUCAACUCUCAAGCCUCGGAUAUACUCGUCUUAUGUCUUCAGUGGUCAGAUAUAGAGGCUACUCUGAAAUCGGCGGAAGAGAAGAUAGCGAAGAGGCUGAGGGAAGUAGAGGCGAAGGAGGCGGAGUUGCAAAACAGAAGCUUCGCACUUGAUGAAAGGGCUAAAGCGGUUGAAGCAGCGGAAACUGAGGCGGGUGAAUUGGAGAUGAAAUCUGAUGGGUUUCGGAUGGAAAUUGAAGAAACAAGUAAAGAUUUGGACUUUCUUAGGAACAAAGUCGAGGUUUCUCAAAGCGAGUUCAUCACAGAGGAAGUGAGAUUGACUCUGCUGUGGAAAUCAGUGGAGGAGUGUACAGCAGAGCAAAUGUCAAAGACGAGUCAACUUAAUGAUAUGGUCGAAUCGUUGAGAAAGACUCAGGCUGAGCUUGAUAUGAAAGGGGAACAGUUAGCACAGAUGGAGACGGAUCUUGAGAGGCAUCGUGUUGAGGUCAGCGCAGAGAAGGAGCACUUAGAGAAGACUCAAACAUGCGUGAGAGAACUGGAUGAGGAAAUUGAGAGAAAGAAAAAUUACCUCACGUCGGUGCAGGACAAAACUGCAGAAUGUGAGAAGCUCCUUGGGACACGGUCCUCAGAACUUGUUACUAAACAGAAAGAGUUGAAAGAACUGAGUCUGGACCUUGACUUGACGGAGGAGACGGUCCUAUCACUGAAGAACGACAUGAAGGAGACUUGCGAACAGGUAGAAUCAAAAGCGAAGGAGUUGAAGGACAUUCAGAUGCUGAUUGAGGAUAGGAGUUCACAUUAUGAAUCAAUCAAGUCGUUGAUUGAGGAACACACUGAAGAGCUUGCUUCUAAAGAGAAGAGACAGAAUGAGCUAAAGGAGGCUAUUCGCAAACUAUCCUUGGAGAUUGACUCUAAGCAGAAGACAUUGGAAAGAGCUAAAGUUUUUAUCGAGCAACUCUCUGAAAAACAACAUUCAAAAGAGAAAAAACUGGAUUCGACUAGAAGACAUCUAGAAAGAUGCAUUAAAGAGUGGGAUUCAACGAAAACGGAACUUCGCUCUGUGAAGGAUACGCUCAGAGAAUGCGUCCACAACAUGGAUAUCAAAGAGAAGGAGUUGAAGACUUUACAGUCAAUACUCACUGAGAGAAAUAAACAAGUGGAGGAAGCAGAGAAGAAAAUGCAACAUUUGAAUAACUCUAGUGAGGAACUUAUUAGACAACUCAAGUUGAAACAAGAAGAGGUUUCUUUAAUCAACAAGUCGGUUAGGGAAUGCUCAGGUGAAUUGGAGGCUAAGAGCAAACAUUGUGAUGAGGUUCAAAGGUCAAUUACUGACCUUACUGCUGAACUCAGAUCGAAAGAAAGCGAUCUGAAAAAGAUUCAAAAAAGCUUGAAAGACGCCCAUUCUAAAGAGGAGCAGCAAGUCAGAUUAAAAGAAUCGUUGAUGAAACGUGAGCAGGGACUUGUACUGAAAGAGAAGGAGCUUGAUAAUAAAGAUCAGCAACUGAAAUCAACAGAACAGAAGUUGGCUAAAUCUUUAAAGGAAAUUGAGCUGAGAGCAAAGCAGUUGUCCAGCUUUUGUCAACAACCGGAUCAACAAGUUGACUUGGUACGAGAUGCUAAUGUAUGCGACGAGAAAACUUUGCAGCUACUCUUACGUGGGCAAAUGAAGAAAUGUCAUCAGCUUCACCUCGAUGUUCUGCGUUCUCUUAAAGCAUCUUCUGACCCGGCAAAGCUUGUGUUAGGCACAAUACAAGGGCUUUGCUCUGCUCAUGAAAGGACGGCAGAGACAAAUCUUGAUCUGAAUAGUGUUAGAAGGAGUAGCAUCUGCUUGCUGGAAUGCUUAAUGGAUAUAUCACCAAAACCCAAGGCUGAAGUACAAGGAGAAGCUAUCAAAUUUGCCACCGAAUGUAAGAACACAACUCUGCUUAAGGCAGAGAAUCCUGUGGAGGUGUUGGGUUUUCUGCACUUUCUUGCUGCAUUCAGUUUAGCAUACACUUUCGAUGCCGACAAAGUCCAGAAUCUUUUUGAUGUCGCCUUUCUUCGCAAAUACGCUCCGAGUCUAUGCGAGGCUCUUGGAGUAUCAGCUUUAGUACCUGUCAACAAUGUUCUAUCACUGGAAGAUAAUCCUCAACAGCAGCCUCCUGAAGCACCAAUUAGCAAUAGUAGUGACUCUCGCUCUCUGUCUGUCCAAGAAAACGUAUCAUCAUCAAUUCAUUUGGCUGAUGACGAUGCUCUAAGGGACUUUGAGGGCUCAACUUCUUUUUCACCGAAUGAAGUCUCUACUAAACUUCCAAUGUUGAAAGAUCCAGGCAGGUUUGUUCUAACUUCUGUCGAGGAUGCGUUGGCGGGUGUUCAUCGGAGAGGGGAAUUGGUUUUAGCAGAGCCUAUAGUUAAGACUUUGGUUCCACUUUUGGAGGAGCUGGCACGUGUUGUAACCUCUACGGACCCUGAUCUACAGUCAGAUGCAACAAAAGUGGCACAUCAAUGGAGCUUGAUGAUGGGGAAAAGUGCUCAAAAGUCACAGCUCGAGGCUUGGGCUUUUCUGCAGUUCAUUGUGGCGUAUGGAUUGGUGAAACAAACCAAUCAAGAUGAAACUUUACAGUUUGCCUCGUCUGUUGCUCACUUCAAAGAGGCUCCAAAGCUCUUUCAGUCUCUUGGUCUCAGUUCUGCCAUCCCAAAUUUUGUUAAUCAGCUCCUAAACAAAGCCCUAUACAUUCCGGCAAUCCGGUUUAUGCUUUCCUUCAACGUGAAGAACAACUUUUCUCCCCUGGUAUUCUUGAAGGAAGAGAUCAUGAAUCUUAAACGCUCUGCCAAGGAAAAGAGAAGAUUUGAAUCACAGGCUGAAGCUGCUAAAUUGAGAGACAUGAUCGAAAUCAUUAAAGACUUCAAGCUGGAAAUUGAUCUUCCUGUGGAACUUAUCGACAAAUUUAUGGUUCCUCGGGAGAUUCACACUCAGAACCAGUGUGUUGUCCCAUCAUCUGUCCCAAUUCAAUCGCCGCCGAUGCUUCCACGGUUUCAUAUGCAGGCUUCACACACAGUCGUUCCCAGCUCAUACCUUGCCACUCAUGUCUCGAACCAGAGCCAUCCAACGAGCCUCGGUGCAUCACCUAAUCCACAGUUUCUAGACGUGGGAACAUAUCAAGCUGGUGGUUUAGCUGCGUUCCAAGUUCAAACUUCAGAGCACGCUGGUUUUAAACGGCCAAGGAUGGAUCCUGGGGGUCCUAGACCGACGAUUAGACCUUGCUUCAAUCAACCACCACCAAGCUAUGGCAGAUUCUAGGGUUCUGUCUCAAAGCUAGCAGCUAGGAUAUAACAAAGAAAUAGUUUUUUUCUUUCUUUCUGGUGUAGAAUCUAAGUAGGUAUAGGCUGUGGUUAAUAGCUGUACCAUCUUGUUUCUUAAUCUCUCUGGUUACUGUGUAAAGAAUAUACAGAGGGAAAGCCUUUUGUUUUCUAAGAUGUUCAAAUGUUGUUUGACUUUCUCUAAUUUCGAGUCCUUUGCUAAUUUCUCUAAGCAAAAUCAUUUUCGUAUGC